UAGCUUCAGUACAGACAGGGUUGUUAUGGAAUCAUAUGAUUGAAAAUUUUGGUUCGGAGCAAUAAGUAAAUAAGCAAUUAAGCGCAGUUUGGUAAAAAAGAAUGGCGUCAACAAAAAGCGAUAAAGAGGCCGCCGGACAGCUACUGGAUGCAUUGUACCUGGACAUGUUCCAUCUAAUCGAAGAGCACACCCAGAGUCGAGUAAAUCUGGAAAGAGAGAACGCCAGUGGAGCUAUUCUAUUGGCUCGUACUCGAUUCCAGCACGGAGGCAGUAAUUCCGUGUCCACGGCCCAGAUUCCCACGGAGAACAGUGCCGAGUUCAACGCCCUAUGUCGGGUUGUCGACUCCGGAGAUGGUACGGGAAUCAGCAUUGAACGUCAGGCGGUUGACAAGUCCAAGGGCUACGUGGAGCCCCUGCAAUGGUUCUCGGUUCUUCCGCCCAUGAGUUUACGAAAUGCCGUGUCCAAGUUCAAGAAUUGCGUCGAGCUGGUGGCAGAGAGCGCAAAUCUGCAACGACAACUGGGUGAUGUCCUGGAGUGGAUCACUAAGAUGCGCCAGAGUCCUCUGUUAAAGUAGAUACUAAUAAAAACAUUAAACAUAACAUUCCCGACCCGUAAA